AUGUCCACCUCCACGUCAGAAAAACAGGCUAAAAAUGAGGCCCUGUUACAAGAUCAAACAAACCUCCUCCCGCGGAAACAACUCCUGAUUGUUUUCUCCACAAUGGCGUCGGCAUUUCUCGUAGCCUAUGCCGACCAAAAUGGCAUCGCGGUGGCUUUGCCUACGAUGGCAGAAGACCUGAACGCUGCGGACACAAUCGCUUGGGCCGGCACGUCAUCGAUGAUUGCGAACACAUUGUUUCAGGUCCUUUACGGGCGCCUGUCAGACAUCUUUGGACGAAAAAUCAUCUACCUGUCAGCUGUCGCCCUACUCGCGAUAGGGGACAUUCUCUGCGCAACGGCGGUCAACGCGCCGAUGCUCUAUGUCGCUCGUGGCCUUGCUGGUAUUGCGAUAGGGGGCGUGAACUCUUUGACGAUGAUGAUCGUCUCUGACAUUGUUUCCUUGCAAGAACGGGGUCGCUACCAGGGAAUAAUUGGGAGCUGUAUUGGCCUGGGAAACACCAUCGGCCCUUUCCUGUCAGCUGGAUUCACCCAGAGCUCAAAAACCAGCUGGAGAGGAUUUUUCUUCUUGCUUUCUCCCCUGAUGCUCUGCUCGGGCGUCGCUUCUUUCUUCUUGCUCCCAUCAACACCUAUGGCAAAAGGUCAAGGUCUUCAAAAAGCUCGUCUUGUCGAUUGGUGGGGCCUCCUCACUGGAACGGUAGCCAUCGUCCUGUUCCUUAUUCCGGUGUCUGGUGGAGGAUCUUAUUUCCAAUGGAACUCCCCUCUUGUAAUCUCAAUGCUUUCCAUUGCAGGAGUUGCAACAGUGGCUUUCCUACUGGUUGAGUGGAAGGUCUCCAAGCUGCCGAUGGUACCCAUGAGAAUGUUCAAAACACCAGCAGUAGCUGUGAUCCUCUUACAAAACUUCCUAUUUGGAUACGUCUACUACUCGGAGCUCUACUACUUGCCUAUCUACUUUCAGAAUGUUCGCAGGGUAUCGCCUAUUGUGUCAGCUGCAUUGUUGACCCCACUGGUUGUGGCGCAGAUGAUCUUUUCGGUUGGAUCUGGAUUUUACAUUACACGAUUCUCCCGGUACGGAGAGGUUAUUUGGAGUGGCUUCACUUGCUGGACUCUUGGGGCUGGUCUUCUCUGCAUCCUUGGUCAAGGGACCAAUCUCGCCGUGCCUGUGAUCGCGCAAAUGAUCAUUGGCGUCGGCGUGGGCAACGUUUUCCAGCCUUGCCUCAUUGCACUUCAAGCACAUUCGCCAAAAGCGCUCCGUGCUGUAGUCAUAUCGAACCGCAAUUUUCUCCGCGCUCUUGGCGGGGCGGUUGGCCUUGCUUGCUCUAGCCAGCUGCUGCAGUCGUCCUUGCGCAGAGCACUUCCGGAGGAACUGAGACAUCUCGUAGCCUCUUCGUACAAGCUACCAGAUCUUGGAAGUCUUUCAUCAAGCCAAGCAACUCAGCUGGAAUCGGCAUACGCUCAAGCUAGUCACGAUGUGUUCAUUUCAAUGGUACCGAUUAUGGGUCUAUGUUUGGUUCUUUGCGUGUUCAUCAAAGACCGCGGACUUUCAACUAAGGAAGCAAAGCCAGCCGCUGAAGCUGCUGAAGCUGCUGGCCCAGGUCCAGCAGAUCAGGAGGCACAAGGACAGGAUUCCGGCAAAGAUGUGAGUCCUAGUGACACGGCAAGCGCUGGAGCUGACUCUGAGAAGGGGGAGCCAAUUCCAGUCAAGUCGGCAUCACGCACCGGCUAA